GAACAAAGUGUGAACAAAUUUAAAUACGUGUAAAAUCACUAAAAUGUUCAAUUCUUGUGAAAAUUAAAAAAAAAAACACUAACAUUUAUAAUUCUACGUAAACAGGAAAUUUUCAGUGCGAUAUAUUUUUAACAUAGAAUGAUUUCGGGCCCAGAGGCUACAUUCAUAAAUAUUAGAUAUCUUUAACGUGGUAUCGAUAUCUUAUCAGUUUCAGUGAAGUUACUGUUACCGCAAAACAAAAGCAAAUUAUUUACAACAAAAAGGAAAUUUUCUAAACCGCACUGUGGAUUACGCGUUUUACUUAAAUAGAUAUUGCGAAAUUCGCUUAUUUCAAUUAUGGAAGUCGUCAAAACAGACCACCUCUACAUGCAAUUAAAUUCAUCGGAACUAGAAGCCAUUAUAAAGAAAGAUUCUCCUAAUUCCAACGAUCGAGACGCGGGCUUUUGUUCUGCAAGUUCGGAAAGCGAAGGCGGCGAUGACUUGACGUUAGAGCAUGCACGUAGCGCUAGUCCCAAUAUAGGACUGACGGAAGACUAUGGCGCACUCAAAGAACAAUCAGUUGUGCUGGUCCGCAAUAAACGAAAGAGCAUGGAACCAUCAAAAGUCGUAGAACCUACUUUGACAUCGAAUCACUUUUCCCCAGCAGCUACUAGGUCAUACGGCGCAGCGGCGGGUCCGCUUAAAAAGCGAAUAAGGUAUACAUCUUCGGCUGACUCGGCGGUGAUGUUGACCCCACCAGCUCUUCUGUCCCCACCAAACAUUACCAACCUGAAGUUACUCUCUGCGUCAGUUUGGGAUCCUAGUCAAUUGUUGCCAUGUGAAAUAAUGUCAAAUCCUGCGCAAAUUUUCGUGCGGCAUCCAGGCGUCACAACGCUACAUCGCGCAAUCGCAUUGACAGCGGAGCCGGAACAGCAAGAACCGUUGGCGUUGGUAGCAAAGAAGCCGCAAUACCAUAACGAUGAAACCGUUGCACUGCAGUUGCACUCCAGCCUCCAGGAUACCAAGGGUACUAUAACACCCAAAAAUGCAUCUAAAACUUGCAGCGAAGCACCCCUUGAACAAAACAUUUAUGAUAUAUGCAAAGAUCAGCACAGUGGGUCCCUAUUAAGGCCGCAGCAAAGGAACUAUAAAAAUAUGACACGCGAGCGCAGGAUUGAGGCAAACGCACGCGAGCGCACUCGAGUUCACACUAUUUCCGCAGCGUAUGAGACAUUACGUAACGCUGUACCAGCAUAUGCAAGUUCCCAAAAACUAUCAAAGCUAUCGGUACUGCGCGUAGCCUGUUCCUACAUACUUACGUUAAGUCGCAUGGCUGGUAAGGACUACAGCUCCGACCAAUCUGAGCCGACUAUUGCUGAUUGUAUUGAGGCCAUUACAUCAACUAUUCAAACCGAGGGAAAAAUUAAACGGAAGAAAGAAGAGUAAAAUUAACCUAUUUUCAACAAGCUGAGCCUUAAUUUACUAAAGACUUUGAAUGUGACUGAGUUAACACUUAUUACUAAUUUAGAGUGUCCUUAAGUGUUGUCAAAAUAGUUCCUGAGCAGGCACUUAUGUCCAUACAUGACAAAGCGGUUAUGCACAAAUAAAGUAUGGAAAUACACAUAAGUUGUAUUAGCUUUUUUGUUACGCUAAAAAGUUGGGUUGAAGAGGGAAAACCAAACACGCUGUUGGUAAUUUUCAUAUAUCUGCAUAUGUAUAUAGGAUAUGUAUAAUAUUAUAUUUUUAGGAUGUGAAAUAUGCCAUGUGAUCUUAUUUUAAACUUGCUUUUAAUGUAAACAUCUAUAAUAGAUAAGGCAGAAGCCAAAACAUGCUCUGCAGUACAAAGAAUACAAAUUUAAAUUUAAAUUUAAAACUUUUUAAAAGACAAUAAGCGUAAUCAUGCAGAAAACCUAUGACAAUAACUGUACUUUUGUCAGAAACCAACAAGGGUGUUGUACGUUUUUAAGAAUAGUUUUUAAGUCAAUCAUUAUGUUUAAAUAAUGUUCGCUUUAGACUUCAAAGGUCAAUUGUACUGCUUCGGCUCAUGUAAUUGUAUAAAUUUGAACAUAAUUAAGGAAAUCUUUAUAUUUGUAUGCAUUAUGGAAUGUUAUGAAAAUAUAAAAGAUAUUUGGAGUAAUUUAUCCCAUGUGUAAACACUCAACACAUAACCGAUAAUCUCAUUUGAGUAAUAAUUAAGUGCCAUAAAAGCAGAAUGCUGAAAUACAAAAUUGACUAUCAUAUUAAA